AUGGCUGACAGCGGCGGCACGGGCAGCUCGGGCCCCUGGUGGAAGUCGCUAACCAACAGCAGGAAGAAAAGCAAAGAAGCCGCAGAGGCGCAGCCGCCCGCCCCGCCCGCGGUUGGGGAGCCCGCGCCGCCCAGCCCAGACUGGACGGGCGGCGCGCGCGAGAACCAGCACCCAAACGUCCUCGGGGGCGCCGGCGAGCCCCACAAGCUGGACAAGAGUGGGGACAAAUCGGGCGGCAGCCGCCGCAACCUGAAGGUCUCGCGCUCGGGCCGCUUCAAGGAGAAGAGGAAAGUGCGCGCCACGCUGCUCCCGGAUGGCGGCGUGGGGUCCACGGAGGAGACGGAGCUGGCCGGCGACCCUCCGGGGGGCGCGCAGUAA